AUGGCAGCUGUGCUGGAGCCCGGGGAAAUUAGAAGAUCACGUGAUGUUGGAGUAGGAGGUUUUAUCUUGGUAACUUUAGGAUGCUGGUUCAAUUGUAGGUAUAAUUAUGCAAAGCUAAGAAUCCAGGAAAGACUUGCCAGAGAAGGAAUUAAAAACAAGAUUUUAUAUGAAAGUAUCCACCUUGAUCCUGAAAGAAAACAAACCAACGGUGGCAGCAGCAGCAAUUGAGCAGUCUUGAGCUUAGAAAACCUGGAUGCAACUCACUUCAGUGUGAACAAAGCUGAGAUCAACUACAGAAAGCAUUUUAUGUACCAUAAGAAGUCUUUCAAUCAAGUAAAGAAA